GUUGGCAGAUCUUGGCGAUAGUCGUAUCGACUGUCAAAAGUGUCAUUUUCUAUUCUAAAAUUUAUAUAAAUCUAUAAUUAGCAACUUUAUAUAUAUUAGCAAUUAUGUCGUUUGCGGAAAAAAUAGCUGGUCUUAUGGCCAGACCAAACCAAGAUGCUGUUCCAAAGGAUGAUGUUCCUUGGUGGAUGAAAUAUGCUGGUCGAGGAUUAGGAACUGUUGGUGGAUUUAUUGCAAUUUUCCUGGGAGUAUGGAACUGUGUUGGAAUUAUGUUAGCACAAGUGAUGUGUUUUUUAUCAGGAAUGAUGCAGAUGUGCGCAGGCUUUAUGGUGAUUGUUUGUGAAGCACCUUGUUGCUGCAUGUUUGUUGAUUUUGUACAAAAUUUAAGUGACUGGGUAGAAAGACGACCUUAUUGGCAUAAAGCCGCAUUAUAUGUAAUAAUGGCUAUACCACCAAUAAUAAUGUGUCCAAGUUUAGCCAGCAUAUUUGGAAGUGGAUUGAUAUUUGCAACUGGAGUUAUCUAUGGAAUGAUGUCUUUAGGGAAAAAGGGCUCUCGCCAGGACAUGGCCGCCGUGGCUUCGCCCCAGAGAGGCGGAUUUUCACCGCAGGGGGGGCCGAGCGCAGGCGCCGGCGAUCAUUCCGUUACACUCAUGCAAGAUCCUGAUGUGUGGCGUCCCACAUAAAUACAUAAUUUAACACUAAGGAGAAUAAUCGCGUUUUUUGAGCAUCCGCAGAAGAAAUGCGUACUGCAGCAAACAAUUUAUCACAACCUCCGCAAACAAAAGACAUUUCAAGUAACAUGAGAUCAAAUCUUGUUGAUAAUGCGCA